UUACAGGUUGUGAUUUUGAGAGUGUAACAGACAUACAAAAAUAAAAAUGGCGACACCUCAACUUGACCCUGCGAAGUUGCAAUUGGUGCAAGAGUUGGAGAUUGAGAUGAUGUCCGACAUGUACAACCGACUGGUGACGGCGUGUCACCGGAAGUGUAUUCCCAUCAAGUACCACGAGGCUGAACUUGGCAAAGGAGAGUCUGUGUGUCUCGAUCGUUGCGUUGCGAAGUACUUGGAUGUCCACGAACGUAUCGGCAAGAAACUGUCAAACAUGUCCCAGGGAGAGGCCGACGCAGAUUUGACGAAACUCAAUCUCCCUGAGAAAAAGUAGUUUUGUAUACCUCAACUUGCGAUUGAUGCGUGUAGUUGAUGUGUAAGGUCUAACGAUAACGAUGCUCUUUGCGCGAAGUCAGAAAUAAAACCAUUGUUUUAUUUUUUUUAUCGAUGUGACGCUAAUUUCCUUUUUUGAUCAUUUAUUUUCUGUGAUUAGUUGAUUGAACGCCGCCAUAAGCCAUUUCGUGACUUAUUUAAAUAUGGCAACAUUACGAUUGGUGAUUAAAUAACUUUCAAAAACAAAUUAAUAACUUGUACACAUUAAUUAGGACGAUAUUUCGCAAGUUUAGAUAAUAGUUAGAUAAUUAAAUGAAAUUAAAUCUAAGUGAUAUUGACAUAUAAAUAACAUCAGACAUUUAUUGGCUAAAUCUGCAUUGAGCUCUUCAAUCCUUCGUUAAAUAAUUUCCGUUCAAGUGCAUUUUAUUUCGUUGUUUUAGAAUGGGUGAUUUAUUUUAGCUAUUUGUAUGACUUUAGCGACUGUUAGUUGACGUUUGUUAGAAAUAAAACAAGUUAAAAAUGUU